GUUACACAAGUCUUGAAAUUAUCCAACAAUAUCAAGUUGUCUAGAAUUUCUUUUGAGAAAUUUGCCAAUGUGAUUGCUAUAAAAAAGGUAAAAAAAUACCAAAGAAAGAAAAGAAAAGGAAAUCUUUAAAAUAAAUAACUUUGCUUACAAGGAACAUAUUUAUCUUCAUCUAUAUAAACACACACGUGUCUGUCCAUAUUCUCAAAAACAAACUUCUCUUUCAAAGAUAUUUUCUUCUCUCUUUGCGCAACUCUGUUUCUACUCACAAACUAACCAUGAGGAAUCAAGCUGGUUCAUCUGAUUCGAAGGGGACGAAGAAAGAUUUUAGCACCGCGAUUCUGGAGCGGAAGAAGGCGGCAAAUCGUUUGGUGGUGGAUGAGGCCAUCAACGAUGACAACUCCAUCGUGUAUCUACACCCUGAGACCAUGGAGAAGCUACAGCUCUUCCGUGGAGAUACCGUGUUAAUCAAGGGAAAGAAGAGGAAGGAUACUGUGUGUAUUGCCCUACCUGAUGAUACAUGUGAGGAGCCAAAGAUUAGGAUGAACAAAGUUGUCAGGUCUAACCUUAGGGUUAGGCUUGGAGAUGUUAUAUCUCUUCACCAGUUCCCUGAUGUCAAGUAUGGGAAUCGUGUUCACGUUUUGCCCAUUGAUGAUACUAUUGAAGGAGUUACUGGCAAUAUAUUUGAUGCAUACCUUAAACCUUAUUUCUUGGAGGCAUACCGUCCGGUGAAGAAGGGUGAUCUUUUCUUGGUUAGAGGAGGGAUGAGAAGCAUUGAGUUCAAGGUUAUUGAGACCGAUCCUGCUGAGUACUGUGUUGUGGCUCCGAAUACAGAGAUAUUCUGUGAAGGUGAACCGAUAAAGAGAGAGGAUGAGGAGAGGUUGGAUGAAGUUGGUUACGAUGAUGUUGGUGGUGUCAGGAAACAAAUGGCUCAGAUUAGAGAGCUUGUUGAGCUUCCUUUGAGGCAUCCACAGCUCUUUAAGUCCAUUGGUGUUAAACCUCCCAAGGGAAUCUUGCUCUAUGGCCCUCCUGGCACUGGGAAGACACUACUUGCUCGUGCUGUUGCUAACGAGACCGGUGCGUUUUUCUUGUGUAUCAAUGGUCCUGAGAUCAUGUCCAAGAUGGCCGGUGAGAGUGAGAGCAACCUUAGGAAAGCGUUUAAGGAAGCUGAGAAGAAUGCGCCUUCGAUUAUUUUCAUUGAUGAGAUUGAUUCUAUUGCUCCGAAGAGAGACAAGACAAACGGAGAGGUUGAGAGACGGAUUGUUUCUCAGCUCUUGACGCUUAUGGAUGGUCUUAAAGCUAGAGCUCAUGUCAUUGUUAUGGGAGCGACCAACAGGCCUAACAGCAUUGACUCGGCUUUGAGAAGGUUUGGACGUUUUGACAGGGAGAUUGAUAUUGGUGUUCCUGAUGAGAUUGGUCGUCUUGAGGUUCUCAGGAUUCAUACCAAGAACAUGAAGCUUGCUGAAGACGUUGAUUUGGAAAGAGCAUCCAAAGACACACACGGGUACGUUGGUGCGGAUCUUGCAGCGUUAUGCACUGAAGCUGCUCUCCAGUGCAUCAGAGAGAAGAUGGAUGUGAUUGACAUAGAAGACGAAGAGAUAGAUGCUGAAAUUCUCAAUUCUAUGGCUGUGACUAAUGAGCAUUACCUGACAGCCCUUGGUAACAGCAAUCCUUCUGCUCUACGUGAGACGGUCGUCGAGGUGCCUAAUGUUUCUUGGGAGGACAUUGGUGGUCUUGAGAAUGUCAAGAGGGAACUACAAGAGACUGUUCAAUAUCCAGUGGAGCAUCCUGAGAAGUUCGAGAAGUUUGGUAUGUCACCAUCUAAAGGAGUCCUAUUCUACGGUCCUCCCGGUUGUGGGAAGACCCUUUUGGCCAAGGCUAUCGCCAACGAGUGCCAAGCCAACUUCAUCAGCAUCAAAGGUCCAGAGCUUCUCACAAUGUGGUUUGGAGAGAGUGAAGCCAACGUCAGAGAGAUAUUCGACAAAGCACGCCAGUCCGCUCCUUGUGUCCUGUUCUUUGAUGAGCUCGACUCCAUCGCCACUCAGAGAGGUAGCAGCGUUGGAGACGCUGGUGGUGCAGCAGACAGAGUGUUGAACCAGCUUCUUACGGAGAUGGAUGGUAUGUCUGCCAAGAAGACUGUCUUUAUCAUCGGAGCAACGAACAGACCAGAUAUCAUCGACCCUGCGCUUCUUCGACCUGGUCGUCUCGACCAGCUCAUCUACAUUCCUCUCCCUGAUGAGGAGUCUCGUUACCAGAUCUUUAAGUCUUGCUUGAGGAAAUCUCCGGUGGCUAAAGAUGUUGACUUGAGGGCUCUUGCUAAAUACACUCAAGGGUUUAGUGGCGCGGACAUCACAGAGAUUUGUCAGCGUUCUUGCAAGUACGCGAUCAGAGAGAACAUCGAGAAGGAUAUUGAGAAGGAGAGGAAGAGAGCAGAGGCACCAGAAGCAAUGGAAGAGGAUGAGGAGGAGAUUGCAGAUAUUAAAGCUGGUCAUUUUGAGGAAUCAAUGAAGUACGCGAGGAGAUCAGUGAGUGAUGCAGACAUUCGCAAGUAUCAGGCAUUUGCUCAGACUCUCCAACAGUCUCGUGGGUUUGGAAGUGAGUUCAGGUUUCCUCAAGUGACAGGGGCAGGAGCCGCUGCCACCACGGCUGGUGGAGCUGACCCGUUUGCUACUACGGGAGGAGCAGCAGCCGAGGACGAUGAUCUCUAUAGUUAAAUAUAUAUGAUCACAGACCGUCUCUUGUGUCUGUACAUUGUUCUCUUGAUAAACCUUUCACUGGUUUUUGUUGGGUUUUUAUUUAGUGUUUCUUUAUAUAAAUCUUACAUAUAAUGAGACACUUUCCUCUCUUUUGAGAGUGUCCACGUAUGCAUAUUUUAAAGUCUGUGGGUCCCGCAUUACGUUCGGUUUUCGUUUGGUCUAAUGAAUCCCACUAUAUAAAAGAAGCUAAAUUUGAGCUUCAUAAGGCUAUCCACAUGUGCACAAAUAUUCAGGACCAACCAAAGUGCCAUGUCAUCUUUGUGGGCUUGCAAUUUUAAAAAAAUUUGUCACCUACGUGGCCCGUAUGACCCAUCUCUCCCGAGCCUCUCUUCAUACCAUAUUGGUCGCAGCCCAUUACCCAUCUCUUGAUACGGUUCGGGUUAUAUCGCUGUCCUCUCUGAAAUAUCAAAAUCACUAACCCUAAUCACCGUUCUCGAUCUCUUUGUCGAUUCUCUUCCUCCCCCAAACUCAUCCCGAUCUCUUUGUUGAUUCUCUUUCUCUCCCCAACUCAUCCCGCAUAACGUCCCCGAUGAGAGUGCUGGUACUUCAAUGUGCUCUCAUAAAGCCUUCAAUGUUUUCUUCAACCAUGCUGUUGCCUGUUGGUGAUGUUUUCAAUUUAAUAUGCGGAGAGGAUGAGAUCGACUUGGGGAGAGGAGGUUAUUGUUCGGAAUUGAAACCCGAAAAUGGAUUUCACAAUCGUAAGCUCUCACUUCUUUGGGCUCGCUUCAUCUUCUUAAAGAGGCUUUAUCGGCUGCGUUGAGGCUGUAUCGUCCGGUGCCGGAGUUCUUCAACCCCGGCUUGAAGGGCGACAAGAUACAACAUGGGACUUUUGUUUCGCAGUGAUGUUUUUGAUUUACUUGGCUGGGAGGAUGAGAUCGACUCUGGGAGAUUUUGUUUCGAGUUCAAACCGGAGGGAUUGACUUUGAAAUCGUACGCUCUUAGUAUACAUAAUUAUGGGCCAAUACACACAGAUUACGAUACAAACACAAACACGAAGCUCAGCAUUAGAGUUUCAGCCCCGGAGAUUCAACAGCAACUAAAGUUGUUACUUGGCUUUCUAUUUCAUGAAGCACAGAACGUAGUAUAUAAAAGGAAACAGGAAUACACUUUGCAAAUAUUCUCUGUGUCUUUGGAUUAAUCUAUAAUCUUGUGAUGUAGAUAGAUACAAAAGCUUCUUACGGAUCUCCAUGGAGAAUUCAUGAAGAAGAUAAGAACUCAUGUUCGUUAUGGGAAGCAGUUAUCACAAUACAACCUUACUUAUCGAAUUUUCAUCAAGCUAUCACAAAAGAUACCUCAAGUUCAGGGCUUACUCGGAAGCUUCCAGUUACCAACAAGUAUGUGAAGCCAAUAUGUAUAGGAUUUGGAGGGGCGGAGGACCACGACCUUGAAAAUCUGAAGAAACAGCUUGAAGAUGAUGAUCUCAUCAGAGGUACAAUAACUGCGGAACAUCAAGGCAGUGAAGAGUCUGGUGUUAAUUAGCUGAUACAAAAGACAAUCGCGCAUACAGCUGAGAGGGUCACGUGGUCUAAGUCUUGAAUUAACGUUUGAGUUGUUCUGUUCAGUGACAAAGGCUUCUGUCCAUUCCAAAUCAAGCAGGUACACAUAUGAAUCCGGCUCCUGUGUUUAGAAUCAAGAAACAAAGUUCCUUCGCGUCAAAGGCUUGUGUGCGAGUCUCUUCAGUGCUCUCUUUGGCUUUCUUAUGUUCGAUUCACACAAGUAUUGGUCUUCCACAACAAAGACUCAUCCACAUUAUUACAUCUUCUGCUAUAAACCUUUUCUUUUACCUCUAGGCUCAUUGUCAAUACCAAAAUACAGCUGCGUUUUGACCUUGAUUAGGUGUGAUUGUGACUCUCUUUCACUUCCUCGAUGCACAUGGCUACACUUUUCUUUGCGGUGGUUGAGAUGUCGAUAGACAUAAUCACUCUUGGGAAAAUCAAGGGACUGCUCAGCAUGGGUCGCCUCUUCUGCUUGAAAUAUUGGAGACCAAUGAGUUAGAGUUUAGAGACAUCAAUUGGUAGAUUCAUACAAUAUAAGCUUAGAGUUUUGUUUCUUCUUUGUUUUUCCGGUUGAUUGGUUUUAAGAAAUGGAAUCCUUUCUCUCAAAAGACUAUAAGCAUAUUGUAGUGUCAGAUGGCUUGAUGAUUCUUCGAUUUUGAAACCAGAAAUCUAUUUUCCUGCCAAA